GGGUGAACCGGAAGAGGAACACGCACGGAUUAGUGUGUUUACCAUUAUAUAGGGUACACCGGCCUUCAAGCUAAAUGCCAGGUCCAUAAAAUUUGCCUGUGUAACCUGCUGCUGCCUCGGACGUCGCGCAUCUUAAAACGCGGAGCUGCGUCCGUGUCUUUGCCGAGGACCAGGGGGCUGCUCUCGUGCGCCGUCGCUGUGCGCUCGUCUGUGGCUGCGCCAGGCCACGCGCCAUCUGUGGAAGUGGGACAAUGGAACAGAUGGCGCAUCCGAGCCUGGUUGCGCGGAUGCUGUGGCUGACGUUUAUAGCGGCAGCACCGAACUGAGAGUCAGGCGGUGAGAUAAAAGGGCUCCCGACGGAUGCUGCACACAUUUAAAGAUGCUACAGUGACUGUGGUUUGUGUUUUGGUGACGGGAAAUAUCGAAGGUUGACCAGAUUGAUCCGUCGCGACCGAAGGCUCGGACCUAAUCCCUCUUUGACGUGCGUCUGGCUCGGUAAACAAUGGUCGACAACCGCUACGCCACCGCCGCGGUCAUCGCCUGCGUGCUGAGCGCGCUGGCCACCGUGUACCUGUCGGUGGCCGUCGGCACGCAGCACUGGUACCAGUACAGCAGCCCCGGCGUGCGCGGGGAGGCCAACGUGUCCGAGCUGCGCUCCCUGUACGAGGAGUUCAUGGACGGGGAGUUCGACGAGAAGACCUACAGCGACACCCUGUUCCGUCUCAACGGGACCGUGGGCCUGUGGUGGCGGUGCGUGCUCGUGCCGGGCAGCGCCCACUGGCACAAGGAGCCGGAUGCCAAGUUGUCUUUGGAGUGUCGAAGCUUCACUCUAGCUCAGCAGCUCACUCCCAAGUACAAGGAACCAGGAAACCACAACAGCGGCGAGGACAUGGUGCGAACGUACCUGUGGAGGUGCCAGUUCCUGCUGCCACUGGUGUCUCUGGGCCUGGUGGUACUGGCGGGACUAGCUGGGUUCUGUGCCUGCCUCUGCCAAAGCCUCACUCCCACGCUUGGAAUAGGAGUGCUUCACCUUCUGUGUGGUCUCUGCAGCCUCGCCACAGUCUGCUGCUACCUGGCGGGAAUGGACCUGCUCCACAGGGUGUCCAUGCUUCCCGAUAAGGUGGACGGCUCCCUGGGCUGGUCUUUGUACCUGGCCCUCAUGUCUUCGCCACUGCACAUGAUGGCCGCAGCGCUGCUCGUGUGGGCCGCACGCAGCCACAGUCAAAACUACUACCGCAUGACUGCCUACCGGGUGGCGUAGCCUAAAAUUAGAUACAUGAAUACCACGCUGUGACUCCAAGAGGCUUUUUAGACCACAGAUCACAGAUAAUGUGGGUUAAUCUUUUACGUUUCUCCCCAUGAUUGAUUGCUAUUUUAGUGAUGACCCUCUCUGCUGCAUUAACAGAUUUGACCUUUACCGUAUCUCUCUAGUGCAGGGGGGUCCCCACCCUGGUCCUCGAGCAGGACAGUAGCUCUCGAGGACCAGGGUGGGACCCCUCUGCCCCAGUGGGUCUGGAUGGGUUUAGAAAGGUCAAACAGACCCAUGUGCAUCCUUCUACUGCAAACGUUUAGCUCAGUCCCGCAACACCUGAAAAGCUGUGUGCGAUACUUGCUGGAUUACUUAUGUAACACAGCUGCAUUGCUCAGAACAGGUCUGACAGGCUACACAACAUGGGCUGGGAGCAUGAUUUGGAUACAAUGGCAGGGAAGAUGAACAUAUUGUAAUGAGAAACCUAGAUACCUGUAGUUGACUGAUUAAACCAACAGGCAUUUUGGUUUAAUUAGUCAUACUCAGACAACAUAUGUUUGAGGAUUACAGUGUUAGUUUAAUAGAAAACAAUUCCAAAACAACCUAAAUAAGUCGAAAUAGCAUUUGCAGUAUUUACAAGUUGUUAAUAAUUAUAAAAAAUAAGAGCUCAAAUCUAGUCUUUGCAGACUGACUGAUGUGCAUUCAUAUGAAUCUCUAUAAACAGUGCUGUACAUACGUAUAGUACAGAGUGUGCUUUGCAAUGGGACAAAUUUAACUGAACCUUCUUCAAGUUCAGGUUUUCAGAGGUCCGACAGACAAUUCCUGUUGAAUGUCUGCUCACACCCAGAGUCAGGCGCGGCAUCAUUUUCCAUUCAUUGAACGCACAAAAACCUGCCAGUGAUGUCAAAGUCUCGGCACACCUUGCAUGUUGUUCUGACUGGGAGUAGCUGUUGUGUGAUUAGCUUUGACAACAGCUGCCUCAAAAUGUAGCCUACGGAUGCUUGCAAAGGGCGACGCAUUGCAGCGGCUGCUGUGUGAACCUUUGAGUUCAGGAACCACACAGCGCUGACAUUUGACUCUUAACCAAUUUUCAAGUCCAGUGACGUUUGACUUCGCGUCACCGCGUACGCAUAGCUGUUUCGUGUAUGUUUUUUUGCUAUUUUUAUUCAUGUCUACAUGUUGUCAUAGGUUUUGUAAGCUCUAAAAAUUAACUGUCACCGUAGUUGUGCAUUUUCGACAUUUUAUGUUGUGCAUUCUUCCCAUUAAUCUCCACAUUCUUGCUUUUGACUUAAAUUUAUUGUCCUUUUUUUGCCACUGGAAAAAAACAAUUACAUAAACUAAAUCAACAGGAUAUGAGGGAAAUGGUUAUUCCCUGUUAGGCAUUAUGAAUGUACUUUAAAGGCCAUAUUAUGAUAAGAUAGAGUAUUUUGCACUUAAAUUAUUUUUUAAAAUAUCCUAAAUAUUGCUACAGUGAUAGUAAUUUUCUAUUUUGUGAUUGCAUAAAAGAUCCAUUAAGCAAGUACCUUUAGUGAAAACACCACUCUCAUCCUAGAACCACCGCUGCAGUGACUCAUGACAUGAGAGUCUGUGGAUCGUGGCUCCAUACGUGGUCGAUGAUAAAUCAGAAUGUGUCUCAUAUUUAGGGUGAGCCAGAGAAAUUGUUUGAACCCUGAACCCAUUAUGAUAUUAAAGCAACUGUACGACUGUGCUUUGUGAAUGUUUCCCACCUUUCAGCUGAAGCUGAUACUGUACACUUUAUUAUUGUGACUGAAUGUUCAAGUACACAUGCAUUUGUGCAAAAGCUGUAAUGGCAAUAAAUUUCUUUUUGUACUGUA